AGAGUUAAAACAGUAGCAUAUACAGAGAGUGUAAGAAAGUGAGCUAGCCUCAUGCUGGCAGGAGAUAUGCCGUGUUCAGGUGAUAAUAUUGAGCAGAGCACCUUGCGCUUGCCUCCUGAAUCACAGUAUAAAAGCCAGAGGCAGCAGUGGACGGGAUGAGAGAUCUCCAUCAGGAUAACUGAGACUCGCAGAGCUGCUCCGCACACUCAUUCAGAUACGAACAAGUAACGAUAAUCACUGAUAAGUCACCAAAAAGAGGGAUGAAGACCAUCAACUUUUUUACCGAUUUGUUUCUUAUAUUCGUAGCCAGUGAUGCGAGCGCUUGGAUUAUCAGAAAUGCGACUGAAACACUCGCCGGAACCAAUCUCACUAUCAAUAAAUCGGAAAUGGGUGAUCACGGAUUGGCAUCAAUACCCAAAUCAAGGCGAAAACGGUACAUUUCGCAGGGUGACAUGAUAGCAAUUCUGGACUAUCACAACAAGGUGCGCGCGAAUGUUUUCCCACCUGCAGCAAACAUGGAGUAUAUGCUUUGGGAUGAAGGCCUGGCCAGGUCAGCAGAAGCUUGGGCAGCUACCUGUUUUUGGGAACAUGGACCUCCUUACCUUCUCCGAUAUCUGGGUCAAAACCUAUCAGUCCGAACUGGCAAUUACCGCUCCAUUCUUCAGAUGGUUAAACCUUGGUAUGAUGAGGUCAGAGAUUAUGCGUUUCCAUACCCGCGUGACUGCAAUCCCCGCUGCCCGAUGCGCUGUUAUGGACCCAUGUGCACACAUUACACACAAAUGGUGUGGGCGUCAUCAAACAGAGUUGGAUGUGCCAUCCAAACCUGUUACAAUAUGGUAGUGUGGGGUGCCGUGUGGAGGGAGGCAACGUACUUGGUCUGCAAUUAUUCCCCAAAGGGCAACUGGAUUGGUGAAGCACCUUACAGAGUCGGUGUGCCAUGCUCAGCCUGUCCUCCAAGCUACGGAGGUUCAUGCAGCAACAACAUGUGCUUUCCUGUCGUCAACUCAAACUUCAUGUACUGGUUUAAAUAAGCUGUCUGUCACAUGUUUAACAAUAUUGAUUGCAUUUUUACAGUGAUGUGCUGUGUAAUAUAUCUUUUUAAAUCUAUAUGCAUUUUGUACAGCAGAUUUAGCUGCUUUUUUUGUAUGUGAUGAUACUAUCGAUUCCAGAAAUGGUGCUAAUGUUAAUACAAUCUUAACAUGACUGUUUUAGUAUCAGCCAUCAUAUUGAUGCUCAUGGAUAGUAGUUAUAUUUUCUUCUGGUGCACAGAUCAAGUCUGUACUGAUCACUCUAUAUAAUAAUGUUUAUAUUCCACUUUUAUAGCCUACACAUUAAGUCCAUUACGUCAGGGUUUUUCCAAGGUGCUUAGACAUAAAACAUUCAAGCUAUUUUGUGUUUUUAUAGCUGUCCAUGUAUUUUCAGUAGCAAAAACCGCUCUGAGGUUUUUGUAAUGAUAACGUUGAACGUAUUUUCAGCCUUUUUAUUUGGUCAUGUAAAGUUCUAUUAUAUUAUAUGUUGUGGUGUGUGUGUUACAUUAAACUGUAGUUUGGCAGUUCAUGAUAAAUGAUCAUGGAAUGGUGCUCUUCUGUGUCAAGGAUUGCUACUCUGAAUUUGAUUUGCUUUUCUCUUUACAUAAUGUUUGCUGAACAGUACUGUUGCCAUGGUUAUACUUACAUGACCUCAGAUUGUGACCUCUACCUAACUCCACAUCCUAGUUUUUUAGUUCUCUUGGAGAGAGGAGAUGCAUCUAAGCUAUUAAAUUUAUAUGAAUGUGCAAUUUCAUGAAUUUGUAUGAUAUAUAAUACAUUAUUUUUUGCCAGCAUAUCUUAACUAACAGUUCUUUCAAUUGGUGGCUCACUGAGAUGAUUAAUAACAGAUAUUUGUUAUACAUUCCCAGCACAUAGUAGCAGUGUUUUCUUCUUCUUCUUCUUUAAAUGAGAGAUAUAUGUAGAUUGUAUGCCCUUAAAUUAAUUUAUCACCCUAUACACAAGAUAUAGCACAUAUUGCACUGUGACCCAAUAUGCAGUUGGUGUUUCUACAGUUUUGUUCUGAAAAUAUAAUAAAGAAGUC